CUGAUAGCGCCCACCCGCCCGUGCGUGCACGGCUGGCACGGCGGCCCGGGAUAAGUCACCGCCAGCCUCCGGUGUUGAAGAGCUGACGGUUGGCUACGGCAACGCCAGCACCGGCCACCAGUUCUGCAUUAGCCGUCCCAGCCGCGGCCCGCACAAGGCAACGCAGCAGCUGCUGCCGCGCUGCGACGCGGCCAAGGUGGUCAACAUCGACGAGUACUGCACCUCCAAGGUCGCUAACCAGACAACACCGGCAGGUCUCAACCUGCGCGCCGGCGCCGCUUUGAAGGCGGCGCCGCGCUGUCCUCCUCCACGUGGCCUCUGUGUAUGACUUGUUCCGAGCAGGUCUGCUCCAACUGCGGCCUGCGGGCGAUGCAGAAGCUCCAUCCUGCCACACAACGGGACGCGGCGACGUGCUGUUCUAGAGUGCAACGGCUGCGGAACAGUCUGGAACCGCGACACCAACGCACAUCCGCCUCAUCACCGCCUACUGCCAGGAGGAGGGACUGCCGUGGCCGGCGGCGCUCACGCGCCCCGACCGCGGCGAUGGAGGAGCAGCCGGCGGUGGCGGGGACGGCGGCGGCGGCGGUGGAGGAGGUGGACGCAGGCACGCGCCUGGCACAGCGGCACGAGCAGCGGCAAGGGGGACGGCGGCACGUGCUGCCACCGGUGCUGCCGCGGCAGCCGCGCGCUGUGCAGCUGGGCGGCGGCGCAUAUGGCUAGAUAGGUAGUUCUAUUUCUCGACGAGGGGAGGCCGCUUCGGCGGUCGAUAGCCCCUUACACGCCGCCAGCUGACACCAAGUGUCGCAAACGCAUUGGGCGAAGGCGGUCCUGUGUGGCCGCUCCGUGCGGGGGGGGCGCGGCGCCUGGACUGCGGGGGGGGGGGAGGCCGAGGGCCCCGCUAACCCCGAGACCAGGAGAACCUGAAGUGGCCGCGGAUGCUGUAAUCACCGACAUCA